CAUAUUUGAACUCAGGAAGAUGAAUCUUCCUCACUCCAGUCCUGGCACUUGAUCCACUGUACCACUUUAUCUGCCCUAUCAGCAAGGAAGGAUUUCCUUAUUUUUUCUUUAUCCCUUUUACGUCCUUAGUGAGUUUCUGUGUAGUUGGAUUUGGGGAGGGAGUGAGGAUAAUGGUACCUGGGAGGGAUGGGGAUUAAUUAUGGUGGUUUAUAAUAGAUGAAGGGAAUGGGAGGCCUGGAAUUUUUUCCCCUUUCUCCCCUCAUUCUUCUCUCUCAUUUUCACUCACUGGUCUUUAUGGAGAAGACAUAGUCCCUAUGCUUCAUGAGAUAAGAAAUUAUAUGCAAAAAUGAUCAUAAUGUAAGAUAGAGGUGGUGUUACUAAAACACUAAAAAUGCUAUUGGAGUUCAGAAGAGCAAUGGAUUACUGAGAAAAAGGCAUUUGUUUUGACUUUUUGACCAGUGUGGUGCAAUGGAAAGAAUGCUCAAUUAGGAGUCAAAAAUCCUGGGUUGAAUCUUGAGUAUGUUACUUCUUGUAUGAUUUGGGACAUCACUGAACCUCACGGUGUCUCAGUUUCCUUAUAUGUAAAAUGAAGUGUUUGGAAUAGAUGAUCAGCCUCCAAAGAUCAUUAAAUCUACAAAUUUUGUAGAGCAAAGAUACUUAACCCUUUUGUUCUUAAUCUUUUUUGUCAUAGAUCUCUUUGGCAGUCUGAUUAUUUUAUGCACAAAAUACAGUCCAUAGGAACAGAGAGGAAACCAAUUAUAUUAAAGUAGUUAUCAGAAUAGCUUAAAAAAUUCAUGUACUCCAUAUAAAGAAGCCCAGUUCUUUCCCAAUAUACUACAUGCCAAAUUAAUAUGAUUUCCUCAUUGGGGUCACUUAUCAAAGACAGAGAAGUUAAAGGUAAAAACUCAGAAAAAGAAAUAAUGAGAGAGAGAAAAGAAAAGUAAACACAGUGAGGUGUUAUAGCUUCUGUCUUCUAUUUGAAAGGUCUUUGUUCCAAACACUGCCCCAGAAGAUCUCAAGUACUCAUGGACAGUUCCUCCAGUAGAGCUCUUUUCCCCCUGUCCAAGGAGAUCUUUUAUCUUCCCUCAGGGGAACACUUGUUUCCUCUUUUGAAACUAUCUCAACAUACUCUAAUAAAUGUUUAAGAAUGAACAGUAAACAAUUGGAGAUUCAUAAGAUGUCAAAAAUGGAAGGCAUUUUAGAGAUGAUAGUCUAAUCUUUUUUUUUUUUUUAAAUGAUUGAGAAAACUGAGAUUUUUGACCCAAGGCUAAAAAAUGGAAAGCAAGGAUUAGAUCAGUCCAUUGUUCUUUCUCGGGCAUUACAGCAUUUUUAACUAGGGUGAAAUGAAGAAAACUGUGGGCUUAGAAUCAGAAAACAUAUAUUCAGCUUUCCCUUCAACUGUUUGCUAGCUGUGUGACCACAGUCAAGCCACUUAACCAUUGUGAACUUACUCAUUUGUAAAAUGAGAAUGACAAUAAAUCUUACUACUCAUUGAAGUCUUUGAAAAUUGAAAUUGAAGGCUUGUUAAAGUAUAAUAUCAAGUAGAAUUGUCAGCUUGAAUAGGGUGCAAUGCAAUGCAUAGAAUAUUGCAUAAAGUAUUCUAUCUGGGAGCUGUGUGACCAGAAAAGAAGCAAGGAAUAAUUGAUAGAUAUUUUAUGUGUAUUCAUUUAAUAUUAAGUAAACUAAGCAUGGCUCUCAGUACUUGAGUAUGAACUAACUCUGUGAUUGUAUGAAAGGAUGUGAAUGAGUCAUUCAUAUUGAAAGAUGUGGAUAGGUUGCAGUGAAGGCUCAAAGUAUUAUCUACCGCAGAAUUGUGAGAAAAUAUUUUGUAAAGCAAAAAGUUGUAUUCUUUCCAAGAAUCAACAUCACAUGAAAACAGACCAUAGUUCCUGAUAGUCUUCUUAGUCCAAUUCUAUAUAUCUUCUCAGAGUGACAUCACAUCUUAUUCUUAGUACACUAAGAAAUUAAUAUCCAGUUUGGGUACAAUAAGAACUUACUAUUGUAUUUGUUUGGAUUUGAUUUAUUCUCAAGUAAUAAUUACUAUUCUUAGUGAACAUCACACAAUUAAAUAUAUUUUAAUAGACAUGUAUGUACACCACAAAAACCUACAGUAUUUAAGGCUUUAAUAAAAUACAUAAUAUAUAACAUAAAUGUAAUUUGGCUGGUGAUCUUUUUGUCAAGAUCAUAUUUUCCAAAUAGAUAGCAUGCAUACCUUAACACACAAAUGUUUGCUUUAAGAAUUAUAAACUAGUAUGUAACUUUAUCCCAAUUUCAACCUCCUUGCCAUUUCAUCAACAUUUAUUAAGCACCCAUAAGGUAUAUGGAUUUAUAUUUGACUAUGGGUUUUAAGUGUAAUAGCUAAAUACAGUCUCUUUCUCUAAAGAGCUUAUGAUCUCCUCUAAAGACAUAGUUGGAAAAUAUAGAUAAAAUACACUAAGGAAAUAUUGAAUGAGCCACAUUGCUAAUAUAUAUAUUAUCCAAUAGUAUCUCACUUUUUUUAGCAUCAUUAAACAGGGCCAUAUUUCACAACGUAAAUUUUCUAUGUAACUGGUAUUUAGUCUUUCAGUUGCCAAAAUUUUGUUUUAACUAUUUUGUAUCGGAAUUUCUAAAAAAAAGUAUUUACUUAUCUUUUUAGAAUGUGAGACAUAUUUAAAUUUUUCUUGAGGACUCGGGAGAAUUGUCAGUAUGAAAAUUAUUGAACUUUGAUAUCAUACAAGAAUAAUUGAGAUAUAUUGGAUCGCUACUAUAUCAAAUGGAUCCCUGUUAUUUUUAAAUCUUAAAUUUUUCUUUAUACUAAUAACUUUUCUGUCUUUUCUUUGGCUAUUAGCUGUCACUUCUGUGGUAGCUUUGCUUAACUUUUAAUAGCAAUUCUAUUAACUCUUCUGUAGAUUAGGAAAGAAUGUUUGUGAGAAUUGUACCCAGAAUAAGAGUGUAAAGGAUUUGAGUCUUCUUUCUCCCACUUAACAGCUGUGUAAAAACCAGCUGCACAAAACAUUUCAUUUUUCUGAGUCUCUAUUUCCUCAUCUAUAUAAUGGGCAUAAUCUUUGUGUUGCCUGUUUAAUAGGAUUGUUAUAAGAACUUACGUUUAAGUUGCACAGAUCCACUUAAAUAUGAGCUCCUUGAUUGUUGGUAAGAACCAGAGGUACCUGCUUGUGAAUAAAAUGUAUAAGUUAAUUUAGUGCAAUCAUUUUGUGACAUCUCAUUUGACUGUUCAGAAGCUUUCCUUUUUCUUACUUCAUCAUUUUUACCUAUAUGCAGGAGAGGGGAGGUUGCUGGAUAUAUGAAAUGUUAUUUAGGAUAGAUUUAUGCUGUACUGCUAAUUAGCAGCAUUUCAUGUUUUAUUUAUUGACUCUUUUACCAUUCUAGACCUCCUCAAAUCCCAUUUCAACUUUUCUGAACAGAUGACCCUGCCUUAUAAUUUACUGAAAGGACUGAAAUCAUUUAGGUUCCUUCUCAUUCCAACCUCAAAGCUUCCCUGUCCUCAUCUAAUCUCUUGUCCUUACUUUCUGUUUGUGAAGAUGGAAAUAUCUUUCCUUCUGGGUAUGGCUAACCCCAACUAUCUGUACCCUCAACGCCAUAUUUUUUCAAGUUAUUCAGGACAUCGCUUCAUCAGUCUUAAAAAGUAACAAGAUUCUAAGAAAGCAUUUAGCUAUCCAUCAGAUCACCAGGCCCAGAUAAACUACAUUUUUGAGUACUAAAAAGAAAUGGUGGACAUUAUUGGCAGACCUUAGAGCAACAGGGAAAGUGUUAGAGGACUGAAGAUGAACAGAUGUCUUGAAUUAAAAAAAAAAAAAAAAAAAAAAAAAAAAGAACUUAGCUUUAUUUUCUGGUCAAAUCCUAGAUCAUACAAUUAAAGGAAUGGUUUAAGAUGGUUAAUUGAAUGCCCAUGUAGAAAAGGGAUUAUUUAAAAACAACAACAACAGCAAUAGGUCAUAGUUAAAGAACCUAGUGAACUGGUAAGAAAGUAUUCUUCUCUUGGCAGGAAGACAGUGACUACUUUGGCAGAAUGUUGUAUUGUCAAACACAGCUUCUGCAUUGAGGAUUUUUGCUUAACUUUUUCUUCCAGGGCAGUUUUAGUUGGAGGAGGGUGAAUUAUUUCCAGAAAUGACUGUGAUGUAGAAACUAUAGAAGAGGAAAGCCUCAUGCCCAUAGUUUCUUUAGAAAGAUAGAAUGGUACAGUGGAAGAGAACCUAGGUUUAGCAUCAUAAAAAUGGAUUUGGAUCAUGGCUCUACCAUUUUGUGACAUCCAGGAAAUUCCUUACUAUCUUCACCUUGAUUUCCUUAUGUAUAAAAUGAUGAGAGUUGUACUAGAUGUUUUCUGCAGUCUCUUUAGCCUGUGAUCUGUGUGGCCAGAUGAUCUGUAAGGUGCCUUCUAAUCCUGAAUCUUUGAAUCUAUAACCAUUAAAAUUUUAUUUUAAAAAGAAUUAAACAAGUUAUUCUAAAUAAACUUCAUUUCCUUUCUUCACAGUUAAUAAAUUUGUAGUUACCUAGAUUUUUACAAAUCACAUGGGAAAUAUCUUGCUAUUUUAGAGAGGAAAUGGAGAGAUACGAGCUAUUCCAUAACAUAAUUAGAUCAGUUUUUGAGCUGAUUAAAUAGCCCAUCCCAAAAAGUAGUUUUUAGUGAUUCAUUGUCUGUUGGAAGGGAAUGGAUUCAUGCUUUGCUCAGCGCAGUUUAUUAUUUUUAUCACCAACACUGUUAAAGGCAUAGGCAGCACAGAGCAGUAAGGCAUAACUAACACAACAAGUGACAAAGUUGGAGUCCAAAAGAUCCUGAGAGACUAUAUCACUGCACAGAAUUUAAUAAUACUUGUAUUAAGUUGUUAAAGAUUAAAGAAAGUGUAUAGAGAAGAAAAAUAUUAUAUAUUACAAUAAUGUAAAUGAAAAUAUACAUAGAUUAGUUGCCAUGACCAGCUUUGGUUCUAAAGAACAGAUGAUAAAUACCCUUCCUUUAAGUAGAGAGAGAAAGAACUAUGGAUUUGGAAUAUUGCAUAUGUUAUCAGAUAUGGUUACUCUCUAAAACUUAUUUGUUUUACAUUAUCAUCAUUAUUAAAAUAAAUAUAUUAAUGCCUUUUGUCUUUAUAGCUUAGUCUUAGGAAGAACAGCAAUUAAGCAAAAAUAUCUUCACAUUUGACACUGUAUGCAAAGUAUUCUCAUGCUCUUCAGCUUUGAGAAUUUUUUCAGUUAUUAAGGUCAACUUUUUAACUGAUCCUUUCAUAUUAUAUUUACUAUGCAUAUUUUUUGUUUCUCCUUCAUUCUGUAUCAGUUCUUAAAUUUUCCUAUGUUUCUCUAAAUUCCCUCUCAGCUGUUUCGCCCUGGACAAACAUCUUGUUUACAUUUAUCUUGUUUACAAUUUCUGCUACCAGAAAAAAUGUUGCUGUGAACAUGUUGAUAUGUAAAUGGUUUUUUUCCACAUAUACUUCCAUCUCUUUUAUUAAGUGAAACCUGACUUUCCCCUAAGGAUGCCAUCUUUCUUACUCUGUUUAAGUUGAGGGCACCGUUUUUUAUACCUUUUAUCAAGGGAUUGGAGAGAGAUUACAUUCUUAUUACUUGACAUUGGCAUAUUGCAGUGAUGCUAUCACUCAGAAAGUCUUUUUAAGUUCUUGAUAGUGAAUAUAUCUUCAACAGUCAAUAAAUCAAAAGACACUUACAUGUUUACUAUAUACCAAACACAAUGUAAGCUGCUGGAAAUAUAAAGAAAUAUGAAAAGAAAGUAGUGGUUCUUGCCCUCAAGCAGCUUAUAUUCUAUUUUGGGAAACAGCACAUAUUUAAGUAUAUUUAAAAUAAAUACAUGAAUACAAGAUAACUUGGGAGUCUUUGUCACCUCUUUUUGUCUUAGCACAGCACCAUCCCUGGUUCUGAUGAUUUGGUAGAUCUGUUGAUUGUCAUUUUUUUUUUUUAAUUCUACCCUGAAAUUUGUCCCUAUUACUUUAUCUUUAUUAAAUCUUAAACUAAUAUGGUAGCAGUUCUAUACUGGUUUAGGAGGCUUCUUAAGAGAAGAAUAGAAGAAUUGGGGAGAAGUAGAUAUGUUAGGGAUCCAAUAAAUACGCAAAUCAGGAUCUUGGGAGGUGGGGUAGGAGAAUGCCUCAUCCCUCAGGGCUUCUUCCCUGCCACAGACACCCAGAGUUCAUUGCAGUAUAAUUUAUGUGUUAGUAAGUUAACAUGUUUAAGGUACUUUGCAAACUUUAAAACAUUUCAUAAGUACUAUAUGUAUGAUGGUAGUGAGGUAGAGACAUUCCUCCUGUCUUCUUUGGGGGGAUGGGGUAGGGAGAAGAGGACAAAGGGAGGGCCUCCAUAGAAGCAUCUAUUAACAUGAUCCAAAGUGGUUAAGGAUAAGACUGUGGUAAGUAGGAAAGGUGAUAUGUACAUGGAAGGGAAAGGAGAAAGAAAUAUUGGGGUUAGGGUCUCACGUCACAUUGAAUUGUUAAGAAGGUAGGUGAUAUAGAGUAGGGAGACUAUACUUUAAAAGUUAUCUGUGAAGCCCUGACUUGAAAGUCUUGUACCCUGGUAAAGUAGGUGAGAUCUGUUUAUGAUUUGAAGAUCUCUUGAACCUUGGUUAGGUACAUAGUACCUGUUUACUCAGAUUCCCUGAAUAUCAAGCAAAAAGACUAGAUGGCAAUGGUGCCAUAUUUUUCUUAGCUUAGCAAUAUGAUAACUGACAUCUUUUGAGACUAGCAUUCAACCAUCUGGGACUGGUUGUCUACUAACUGUCCAUAGGGCAGUGUUUCACCCAAAAUGCCUUAGUAAUAUAGCCUAGACAGAAUAGGUAAUGCUACUUUUUUCAGUGUAUUGGAAUCCUGAACUUUCUCAAAGCAUCUGGGCAUUCUUUCUCACCUUUCUCAAUGAUUUUGCCUCAUAAUUUAAUCUUCCUAACUGAUUUCCAAUUUUUAUCUUUCAUGGUUUGGUCGUUAUGUUAACCUUUCUAAUAGCUCUGAUUUACAGAAUCUCUGCCUCAACUCUUAUGAACAUCUCCAUUUUUCUUAUAAUAGGGAUAGCUCAUAUUUACAUAGCAUUUUUAUGUUUGCAAAGUAUUUACUAUAACAUUAUUUAAUUUGAUUGUUAAUUCAUUCUGAGAUAGGUAGUAUAGAUAUUAUUUUUAUCAUUUUAUAGAAGGUUCACAAAGUUUAAAUGACUUGUCUAUAUGGCACAGAGCCCAUUUCAUAGGAAGGAUUCAGACACAAAUGUGUUCACCAAGUCCAAGUCUCUUCCACAACUCCACAAUUACUUCAAUAUUUCCACUAGUCUACCAAGGAGUUCAUACCCUGGCGCUUACCAUUACUUAAUUGGUCCAUCUCUAAAAUCUCAAGUCUGAAAUUUCUCUUCCACAACUCCACAAUUACUUCAAUACUUCCACUAGUCUACCAAGGAGUUCAUAGCUUGGAGCUUACUAUUACUUAACUGGUCUAUCACUAAGACCUCAACUCUGAAAUUUUUCUGACUGUACUCUCCUCCCUUUCCUUUGCUUCUUAAAAACAUAUCCUUUCCCCUCUUUCUAACAUAAUCUCUGAUUUUCCCCUCAUAUUCCAAUUCAUCACUCCUGAGUUUCCUUUUCUUUGAGCAAAGACUUUGGAUGAGUUCUUCUUGUUAAUGUUAUACAAGAGGGUACUCUUCAGGCAUGACAUCCAGAUGAGACACUAACAAGAUAUGUUAGACAAGAUAAGGUCCCUUCCAAUUCUGUGAUUCUUUGAAUCCCUCUCCUCCUUGCCAUUCUGCCGUUAAUCAGUCAUAACUUAUUAAGUACCUGCUUUGUCCCAGACGUUACAUUAAGCACUUGGGAUACAGUGAAAAGUAAAAGACACUUCUUGCUUUUGAGGAGUUCACAGUUUCAUGAGAGAGACUAGAUGCAAAUAACUGGAAAUAAUCAAUAGAAAAAAGGUACUAGAAUUUAGGGCAUCAGGAAAGGUUUCCUGUAAAAGGUGGAAUUUUAGUUAGAAAUUAAAGGAAGUCACAAAAUCAAGGAAGUAGAGAUGAAAAGGGAAUAUUCUAUGUGUGGGGGAGAGCCAAUGAAAAUGCCUGGAGUCAGGAGAUGGAAUAUCGUGUUCCAGCAGUAGCAAAAAGGCCAGUGUCACUGAAUCAAAGAGUGUAGAGAGAAAAGGGGAAGAAGGGCUAAAAGACUGGAAAAGUUGGUCUAGGUUUUGAAGGACUUUCAAUAGCAAACAUAUUUCUAUUUAAUCCUGUAGGUGAUCAGAAGCCACUGAGAUUGAUUGAGUAAAGGAGUGACAUGGUCAGACCUGUGCUUUAGGAAGAUCACUUUCACAGCUUAAUGGAGGAUGACUUGGAGAGGGGAGAAACUCCUGGUAGGCAAACCAACCAUAGUCCAGAUCAGCCAAAAUGGGAAGUACUGGAUUCUGCUCUCCUCCAAGAAGAGUCAGUGGGACUGGUUAAGAUCAGUAUCUGAGGAUUUUACCAGCUAUCAUCAGUCCCCUUUUGCUUUCUUUUACGACCACAUGAAACUUGAGAAGCCAUCUAAAGCUAAAUCAUUUAGUGGAGUUGGGCAGUUCCCAAGUGUCCAACAAGAAGGCCUGGUUUAGGCUGCGAUGGCCACUGUCAUUCCUGGUGAUUUGUCAGAAGUAAGAGAUACCCAGAAAGUCCCUUCAGGGAAACGUAAGCGUGGUGAAACCAAACCAAGAAAAAACUUUCCUUGCCAACUGUGUGACAAGGCCUUUAACAGUGUUGAGAAAUUAAAGGUUCAUUCAUACUCUCACACAGGAGAGAGGCCCUACAAGUGCACGCAACAAGACUGCACCAAGGCCUUUGUUUCUAAGUACAAAUUACUAAGGCAUAUGGCUACUCAUUCUCCUGAGAAAACCCACAAGUGUAAUUAUUGUGAGAAAAUGUUUCACCGAAAAGAUCAUCUAAAGAAUCAUCUACAUACACACAACCCCAACAAAGAGGCGUUUAAGUGUGAAGAAUGUGGCAAGAACUACAAUACCAAGCUUGGGUUUAAACGUCACUUGGCCUUGCAUGCUGCAACAAGUGGUGACCUUACCUGUAAGGUAUGUUUGCAGACUUUUGAAAGCACAGGGGUACUUUUGGAGCACCUCAAAACUCAUGCAGGCAAAUCUUCUGGUGGGGUGAAAGAAAAAAAGCACCAGUGUGAACACUGUGAUCGCCGUUUCUAUACCCGCAAGGACGUCCGUAGACAUAUGGUUGUGCACACUGGAAGAAAGGACUUCCUUUGUCAAUACUGUGCACAAAGAUUUGGACGGAAAGAUCAUUUAACUCGUCAUAUGAAAAAAAGUCACAAUCAAGAACUUUUGAAGGUCAAAACAGAACCCAUGGACCUUCUAGAUCCCUUUACCUGCAAUGUUUCUGUGCCUAUAAAAGACGAGCUGCUUCCAGUGAUGUCUUUACCUUCCAGUGAACUAACAUCAAAGCCAUUUACAAACACUUUGCAGUUAAACCUUUAUAAUACACAAAUUCAAUCCAUGCAGAGUUCUGGACCAGCACAUCAAAUGGUCACCACAUCAUUACCUUUGGGAAUGACAUGCCCAAUUGAUAUGGAAUCUGUUCACCCCUCCCACCAUCUGUCUUUGAAAUAUCCACUCAGUUCUACCUCAUAUGCAAUUUCUAUGCCUGAAAAAGAACAGCCAUUAAAAGGGGAAAUUGAGAGUUACUUAAUGGAGUUACAAAGUGGUAUGCCUUCCUCAUCCCACGAUUCCCAAGCAUCUUCAUCUAAACUAGGCUUAGAGCCUCAAGUAGGACCCCUAGAUGAUGGAUCUGGGGAACUGGCCUUAUCCAAAAGCUCCAUUUCCAUUAGUGAACCUCUAAACACAUCAUCUUUGGAUUUUUCCCAGUUGUUCAAUUUCAUACCUGUCAAUGGCCCACCCUAUAAUCCUUCUGUAUCGGUGGGGAAUCUUGGACUGAGCUAUUCCCAAGAGGAGACACAUUCUUCUUUGGCUCAGCUUCCACCACAGACCCAGGAUCCUCAAGAUCCUGCAAACAGUAUAGGCCUCGGUUCUCUGCACUCCCUGUCAGCAGCCUUCACCAGCAGCCUAAGCACAACCACCACCCUACCACGCUUUCACCAAGCUUUCCAAUAGGACACAGAAAGCUGUCUUACUAAAAAAAUGUAUUUGUAGAAAUGCCUUAGGUGACCAUUUUUAAUGUAGUGCCUACGUUAAGACAUUAUAAAAUCUCUGCUUACUUUGUAUCAUACCAGUUUCAUUAAGCCAGUAAGAAAUUGAAACUAACUUUUUUAAUGAGCUCAGAAACCGUUUAUGUUCAAUUAUGUUUACUUUGCUUAAGUCUCAAAGUGUUUGGUUGUCUUUUCACUGCCAAUUGACAUGCUUUACAAAAGAAUUGAGAUAGGAAAGCCAUUACUGCUAAACUUCAAUAUAUCCCCUGUUAAAAAUUUUCAGACAUUAAUCCUUUCAUUUUUAUCCAAUAAUAAUGGCUCUACCCAUUAAUGUUUGGCUCAGUAAAAAAAAAAAAUUGCAACUGAACAGUAAUUUACAAAAUUUUGAGGGAGACCUGGAGACUUCCUAAAUUGUUAAAUAGCUUUGAUUUGAUACAUAAUUUAAAAGUAUCUUAUAAAUUAAGAAUCCAAAUUUUGGUGGCAAAAAUGUUUUUAUUUGCUAUCACAAUUUCAGGUCAGUAUGUUUUGAAGACUUGCUAUUGUCUGGCUAAAAUACACGUGGUCUUUAUUUUAAAACAUUAAAAAUAUUUUAAAACAGCCACUUAAACACAAAGCAACAGUAUUCUCAUGAAGUAAUACUCUUCUAGUCAAUAAAUAUUUUCAUUCUGACAUGAAAUAAUAUUAUUUCAUGGCACUGGUAAGAAGAACGUUAUGAUUGACCUUGGAAAAAAAAGUAUUCAAUAACAAAUUAUUACCACAAAUUAUUCUGUCAUUUUCAGCUUUCAAUUUAAUUCUUAACUUGCUGUCUUUCAUCUUAGUGGUAUUAAAGUUAAGGUAUCUUGGAGUCUUCAGAGUCUGUUCAAAUCCAUAGACCUCAUCAAUCUUUUUCACCUUUCACAGCCAAAGCGUGGGUCAGGUCCAGCCAGAAACUUUAUAUUGAUUGUCAAUUAGCCAACAAUCAGAGAGCCAUUGUAGAUUUGCAAAUAUCAGAAUAUGUUUGUAGUAGAGUGGAUCUUCUUGGCUUGUAUGGUGUGAUUCUCCUGAGCAAUAAGAUAUUAAUCACACCUGCUAAUCCUGGGAACUUGGUUAGGGACAAUUUCCCCUGUUGCCAAGGUUUAAAACAGGACUCUUAGGAGUAAAGUAAAAGCAUAUUGCUUACACCAUUUUUUAUUUAAUACACUCAAAUUCUUCCCCAAUCUUAAGAGCCAAAAGAAGAAAAAAAAAUCCCAACAAAAAAAAUUUUAACCCUCCUCUCCAAUAAAACAUAUUUUCUAUAGAGUGGAUAUUUUUUUUGCCAUUUUUAUAAGAAAUUUAAAGCUAAGUACAUAGCAAGUAUCUUUGAGACAAAGUUUUAAAUGGCUAAACAUAUAUACAGUAAAACCCCACUUUUACACUUCUUUGGGAAGUAAGGUAGGGGGAUUACUACAAAUAGGCAGAAAGUGACAAGAAAACAAAUUAAAGUUGAACAAGCCAAAUCCUAGUAAUAUAGUAUCUAAACCCAUAAAACAUUUUGCAAUCACCAAGUCAAGUGCCUUGCCACCUUAUAGAUGCUUAAUGUGUAUUUUAAUUGAAUUAGAUGGUCUUUAUCUAUUUUGAGUAAGUACCUUCUCAAAGGACAAAAUAUUGAAGUUCUUUCUUCAUUGUCAGCUGGAAGUCAACCCAGGAGACCAUUUCUAUAGGUGACUUUAUAAGGUUUAUAGGAUUGUCAGAGGAACUGUAGAUCUUUCGCUCUCUCUCUCUCUCUCUAUUUCUUUUUUAAGAAAAAGAAAAAAAAAUUGUGCCAAGCACUCAGCAGAAUAGCACAUGUUAGAACCCCUAAUUUUACAAGAUUGAUUUCACUCAAGUGAAAAGGGUAUUUCCCUGAGAAUUUCUGAGAAAUUUGUGCAAAUUACUGAAUCUAAUACAGUAGCAAUAUACCAUAUUUAAAAAGUUGGGGCAAGGACAGAAGGUGUAAAUUGUGAGGAAAUGUAAAUUGUAAUAAUGUAAAUAGGGGGGUUUCACUGUAUAUAUAGCACUUCACAAAAACAAAAUCCCAUUUAAGGAGUUAUUACUCCUGCUAUUUUAUCCUGCUCCUAUUUUUGUAUAUCCUGGGAGCUAUAUACAGGUGUAGUUUUUUAUACUUAUAUUUAAAUUUUAUUACUAAAAAUAACUUUUUAUAAAGACUAUUUGUUCCAAAGGCAUUAAGAUGAGAUAUGUUAAUAAGGAAAAACCUUUUUUGACAUUCUCAAACUGUCGCUAAGCAUUUGGUUUAGGCGAUUGUUUGCUCUGAAAGUGGACGCUUAGCUCUGCUUCCUGCUUCCUUUAGUUUCUAUGAAACAGAUCACUAAUCUCAAACUUAGUUGAAUGAUUCAUGUUCAGUAUUGCUUUUCUCACCAUGUUUAGAAGGAAAAAGAAAAAUGGUGACAGAGCACAAAUAAAUAGAAAAUAUAUAUUUUUAAAUAGCAACUAUAAAUUAAAUAGCAAAUGUGGAAUCACUGCUUUAUUCUAGCAUUUGUUUUUAAACAGUAGGAGUGGAUUAAUGAAUUGGGACAUUGGCCUUUGUGGGCUGUAUAUUUUUUUCCUAAUGUAAAGGGAAUACCAGGAUUAAUUGACCAUAGAUUUUUUUAGAGGUGGGAUAUGGCAAUAUAUUGAUAUUAACCCUAAUUCUCCCCAUAUUUUGAAGACCUGCUAUUCAGAUACAUGGAAGAACAUCUAUAUGGGCACCAUUGUUAAAGUAGCAUAUUCUUAAUUUUCAUAUAUUUACCAUUUUUGCCUAUUGCAAUCCCAUAGACUUGAAAUUAAAUUUCAAAAUAGGAGAGAAUCUAUCCUAAUUAGUUUAAAAUUGGGUAUAAUAGUCAUUAACCAGUUUUAGAAGAGCACCUACGAAAAUACAUAUUAGUUUAUUUGAACUGCACAGCAUUCUGACCUAGAUAUAACACAGGAUUGGCUCUUAGAUUUUUGGGAAAAGAUAUUGUCAUUUGUUGGUGUUUAUUGCAAUUAGACUUGAUUAAUAACUUGUUGCCAAUCCUGUUUUCAUCUUCCAUUAACCAGAAUUUUUAUUCUCAUUAUUUCUGGUAGUGCCUUAGCUUGGUCUUUUUUUUUUAAGGGGGUGGAGGUGGUGAUAGAAAUUAAUAAAAAAUAUUUCAUUUGGAAGUUUGGAACUCAGACAAUAUAUAUCAUUCAGUUAGAACUUCUGUUUGUGACUACACUUUUUGUCACUGAACACAGAAGUAUGCCUGUAUGAAUGCAGAUUGAUACUGUAAGCAAUAUUAACACAUUAGUAUAUUAAUUAGUAUUAUCUAUUUUAAUCUAUUGGCCACUACUAAAAUUUCCAUUCUAAAGCCCUAAUACCAAGUUCAUAUUUUAAAAAUCAUUUUAUGUGUCCUGGCUGAUCGUGCACCACUCUUUGUGCAACUCCUCAAUUUCAAGUAGUGUUUCUUUUAAAACUAUUUUUUGUCUACUUGUUGCUUGUGCUUUAUUAUUAGUAAAAUUGUGGAAUAUAGUGAUAUAUUGUGUUAAUUUGGACAGUAGCGGUUUUUAAAAACCAUAUACUGACUGAAACAUGAGCCAGAGCUGAGUGCUUUAUUUUAAGCUAAUAAUGAAUGUUAAAGAGUACAUAUUUUCAGGAUCAUUUGUCUAGUGAGCAAUACUUGUAUUAUAGGCCAAUAUUUUAAAAAAAUAAAGCUUGGUCAACCUCUAUGUUACACAUAUUACAAGAUAUAGCACUUUCAAAAAGAAAAUCUAAACCUUUUAAGAAAUUGUCUUAUAGGUUAUGCUUUUUUAUUAUAAAAUCUUUUAUUAUUUGUUUCAAGUGCCAUUAGAUUACAUAUAUGUAGGCCUUUCAUAUAUUGCUUUGUGUACAAAAAAUGGUAGAUUUAAUUUUAAACAGGUACAUUUUACAGUGUUUUCUUAUCAAUUUGCUAUAUUGCACAGAAUCCAGUGUGUUUUUUCAUGAGGUUUUACAAUUAUUAAAACUAGA